AUGGUUUUAACUCAUUUUAUAGCAAAUGAUGGAAGUCAUAUAUUUUUCAAUGGUUUGCAAAACAAGUAUCUUAUUUUAUCUUCAAAUGGUACUAAUAAUGGAGAAUCAAUUGAGGUUGUAAAAGAACUUCCUUCAUUUUAUAAUGAUCUGAAUAUUUUAUCGUCCAGCAAGAUUUCAUGUAUCAUUGGUAUUAUUAGAUUAAAAUUAUGUUCUUAUAUUAUAUUAGCUGACAAACAUUCAAUUACCGGAUCUAUUUUGAAUAAUGAUAUUGCUUUUAUUGAAUCAUUUAAAAUCUUACCAUUAAACUCAAAAAAUACUAGAAGUAGCAAUGAAGAGACUCACUACGUGAAGUUAAUACAAAAUCAUUUAAAAAAUGCAACUUUGUAUUAUUCUAUUGAUAGUAAAUACGAUUUAACAAAUUCUUUGCAAAGACAAUUUACUGUUGAAAAUUUAGAAAUUGAUGAAAGAUUUUGGUGGAACAAAUAUUUAUCAGCUGACUUAAUCGAAAAUAAAGCUGAAGGUUUUAUUACCCCAAUUAUUUAUGGUUAUUUCAAAUCGCAUUCAACUAUUUUUAACGGCAAAUCUUUGGAAUUCGCUUUAUUAACACGUCGUUCUGUUUCAAGAGCUGGUACAAGAUAUUUUCGUCGUGGAAUUGACAUUGAUGGAAAUGUGGCAAAUUUCAAUGAGACAGAGCAAAUUUUUACAGCGUCAAACAAUCAUCAUGUUUAUUCAAUUGUUCAAACUAGAGGUUCGGUUCCUGUUUAUUGGGCUGAAAUUAAUAAUUUGAAGUAUAAGCCAAAUUUAGUUAUUAGUUCUCGAUCAUCGUUAGAUGCUACCGCGGCUCAUUUCAAGCAACAAGUUGAUUUGUAUGGUGAUAACUUAUUAGUUAAUUUGGUUAAUCAAAAAGGAUAUGAAAAACCAGUUAAAGAUGCUUAUGAGUCUGCAGUAGAAAGCUUACCAGAAAAAAUAGCACAACAUAUUCAUUAUAUAUACUUUGAUUUUCAUCAUGAAUGUAAAAAUAUGAAAUAUCAUAGGAUUAAUUUGUUAUUAGAUCAAUUAAUCUCUUUAGGUUAUACCUCAGACAAUUUUUUUGAAAUUGAUUUAAAUACUAAACAAAUCAAGAACUUACAAAACAAAGUAGUUAGAACUAAUUGUAUGGAUUGCUUAGAUAGAACAAAUGUUGUACAAGGUACAAUUGGUCGUUGGUUUUUACAAAAUCAAUUGUAUAAAUCGGGCUAUUUAGUUGAUAUUGCUGCACCAUUUGAACAAAUUGAUAAAAGAUUUAAUUUGUUCUUUCAAAAUUUUUGGGCUGAUAAUGCUGAUGCUGUUUCUUGUGCUUAUUCAGGUACUGGAGCAUUAAAAACAGAUUUUACAAGAUUAGGUAAAAGAACUUAUAAAGGUGGAUUAAAUGAUUUUUUAAAUUCAGUGACUCGUUAUUAUAAAAAUAAUUUGGCUGAUGGUAGUAGACAGGAUUCUUACGAUUUAUUUUUAGGUAAAUUCAAACCUUAUCAAGAUAGUAUUACUUCACCAUUUAUUGACAAACGUCCACCAUAUAUUCAAUUAUUGCCUUAUUUAAUGGGAACUUCAAUUUUAAUUUUAUUAGCAAUUCUUUAUUAUCCUAUUGGAUCGUUAUUUGACAUGAAAAAUAUUUUAAUCAUAAGUUUGUGUGUUUUGUUUAACAUUAGAAAUUUUGUUUAUUUGAAAUCACACGGUUAUCAAUUUGUUGAUUGGCCCAAAUUAGUCAAUUUAGAUUAUUUAACAAAGCAAGAUAUUUAUGAUGGCACUGGUAAAUUAACUGGUAUUGAAUACAAGGAAACAGAUGAUUUUAAAUUGAUUAGUAAAAAGAGAAACUAA